AUGGCUGCAAUGAAGAAAGAUUCAAAGAAAAACGCCACGACCAAGAAACAAGCCGACGCGUCUCCCCAUGAAGACCGUUCCUCCUCCCUAUCACCCGCACCCACUCCCGCCUCACGCCAGUCCACACCACUCAGCGAACUUUCCCCACCACCAGACGACGAUGAAGAGGAGGAGCCAAAGACCGAGCCGGUGGAGAAGGAAAAGCCGCAAGACACGACAUCGUCCCCUGAUCAACAUCAACCCAAACCAUCCACUUCCCCGAUUGCCAACACCACAGCCGAAAGGCCAUCACCUACACCGGACCAAAAAGUGGGCAAUGCGAAGGUCAAGGUUGUGUUGGAGCUCAACGACGAGCUAAUAAAAGCAGUCCUUGAGCUGCAGACUCGUCGGAUUCCGGUCACGGAUCGACUUCACCAGGAGUAUAUCACUCGGUUGGAGUCCAAUUUGAACUGGGCUGCUCGUGCGAGCGAAAACAAGCCUUCUAUCUUGCCCAUCAUGGACCCUCCGACAGCAAUUGAACUGUACGCUGCCGACCGGAUUGAGCGAAUACGAGAGCUCUACGCUGAACUUCCGACUGCCUUUGCGAAAGACAUUGCUCGCCGGGUCUCCGCUUCGUCGCCGCUUAAGCGCGAGCGGACAGAGGAGCUACCGCUGGAUAUGGGCAUGAACAAGCGGAGAGAUACGGGUGAGAACAAAAUGAUGAUGCAGCCUCCUACGGAGAGUGGUCUUGGACUCACAAACGGUUUGGGGGUGCCGUCUUUGCCUGACACGAUGGACCCGCAACUUCGUUCAAGGCAGCAGGCCAUGAUGCAGCAACAACAAGCAAUGCGUGCUCAACACCAAGCCAGCCUUAACCCCAGCCGACAAAUGUCCCCACCAUCGUCAAUGAUGCCGCAACCUGGCGGUCCAAUGCCGAUGACCCCAAGCAAUAACAAUAACGCUGUUGCGGGGCCGUCUGGUAUACCUAGUAAUCCCACGAUGGCCAAGAUGUAUGAGUUGUUGUCGGGUCCCAAUCCGCAACGACACGCGCUGGUGCAAUUUGCCCUGAAGCAGAACCCGAACUUCCUAUCGAUGCCGAUAAACUCGCAGCUUCAGUUUAUUGCUAAACUUUACCAGGCACAACAAAUGCAAAUGCAGCAGCAGCAGCAACAACAACAGCAGCAGCAGCAACAGCAGCAACAGCAGCAGCAGCAAGCCAUGAAUCACUCUCCGACACAAAUGAGUCCCAUGUCGCCGAUGGGCCAGGCAACAUCCCCACAAAACCUGAUGUUCUCUGGUGGGAGCAACAACCACCCGGGGAUGGAUUUACGGGCGAUGAGCUCGACACCUGUCCCGCCUGGUAUGGGUCAAGGGCCAGGACCGAUGACGCCGCAAGCGCAAAGACAGUUGAUGUUGAUGGCGCAACAGCGGGCGAUGGGAGGUGGUUCUGGCUCAGGGAUGGGUAAUAUGGGCUCGGGUGGUGGUGGUAUGCCAGGUGGUGGUAUGAGUAUGGGUGGGGGUGGAAUGGGAGUUGGGCCGGGAAUGUCUAGUAUGGGCUCGAUGGGAGGUAAUCCAGGCUUCGGAGGCAUGGGCAUGGGUGGCGGUAUGAACGGAAUGGGCGGUGGCGGUGGUGGCCAUCAAGACCCACGGAUGAUGGCUUUCAUGCGACAACAGGAAGAACGACGUUUACUCGCCCGCAACGCUGGUUCGUCGUCUGGGAUGGGAAUGCCUGGCUCGCCAAUGAUGGGUGGUGGCGGUCAGCCUGAUUUGGCCGCAUUGCGAUCAAAUUCGGGUGCGAUGCCCGGUAUUGCCCGAAUAGCAAGAUCACCGUCUGAUGGCGGCAACGUGCCUCCGGGAAUGGGCACGCCUCGAAUGGGGGCUACGAGGAUGCCGGAUGAGUAUGGUCAGCAGCGCGGCAUGAUGGGUAUGGGCCAAGGAGGCGGCAUGUCGCAAGGAAGCAUCAAUCCUGCAAUGAUGACAAUGGGAGGUGGUGGCUCGCAAGGUGGUUGGAGUCAGCAGGGUAUGAUGGGAAUGGGCAUGGGCAUGGGCAUGGGUGGUGGUAGUGGGAUGCCGAGACCGAACAGUGCUUAUGGCGGAGAGCCCUCACCGUCCCCUGGCACUGGCGGUGCGCAAAACUGGGGUGUUGGCGGUGGCGGCGGGCAUGCAUUUGGACUCGAUCCAAUGGGUCGUCAAAUGGCCGGCACCCCAAAUCCUGGAACCAUGUUGCCGCAACACAGCGAAGCCGAGUUCGACGCGUUCAAUUGGGGAUGA